AUAUCUAAAAUUCAUGUUAAUUUCAACUUGAUUUGAACACAAAUGAUUAAAACUAAAACGGUUCCAACCCAAAUCUGAUACAAGUGAAAUAUAAUAAAAACUUAUCUAAAUGCAAACAAAUUGUUCUCGAUGCUCAUUCACCGCCCAUGGCAAUGCAGAAGUAGCCGCGUUGGAAUGGAAUUUCACAACCUGAACGAUGUCGUUUUAUCUUUUGUAUACCUUUCUUUUCAUAUUUUUCAUUGCAUUAUUCUCAAAUAGUUUCCAGCCAUCCGAUCAAGACCACAUGUUCAAACUUUCAGACUAAGAAUCUCUGGUACAAGACGUCUGAUUGGGUCAAAGAAUCUGUUCGCUGUGAGUUGUCAUGUCUGAAAGUACAACUGUACAUGUGCUGCAGCAAAACCAAAAUUGAUUUCCUUUUUUAUAUUUUUUUUAGGAUGAUUCCAUAGCAGGUUGUCUCGUGAAUUCCUUGUCAGUUUUUCCAUAAGCCGAAGUUUCAGGCCAUACUUUUCUUCUAUAUCAGCUCCAAUAACUGCAAAAUCUAGAUCGCCCGUCAUAUGGUUUUGAAUUCAAUUUAGAAUUACACUUUAAGACCUGCUGCAUAGGAGUUUCUCACCGUGCAGCACAGUUCUGGAAUUGAUUGAGAGUUCAAUUUGGAUAUUAGAAUGGCUUCAAGUGAUAAUGGCAAUGAGAAAGAGCAAAUCGAAGAAUCCAAUGACACUAAAACAAAGGGACAAAUUCCUCUUCUCAUUUCAUCAUCCCAAAGGAUGCUACUAAACGGUGAAAACCCUCAAAGAAGGUCCCUUAGCAGCUUCACGUCUCCUCCAAAUAGGAUAAAGUUUCUGAAAUUUGGUUCUGCAUCUGCCAAAUUCAAGCGUUUAGCUGAAGCAAGAGAUGAGGUUUCUCGAUUGGUGGCUUCUUCAAGUGGUCAUGGUUUACGAGAACGCCUGACUGGGGUUUUUGCGAAAAAAAUUGAUUUGGUUUCUCUCAUGAAAAUGUUUAAGGAAUGGAUUAGGGACCCAAUGAAUAUGGCCCUUUUUGUAUGGAUCAUGUGCGUUGCUAUCUCGGGUGCUAUUCUGUUUCUUGUCAUGACUGGAAUGCUGAAUGCAGCGCUUCCCAAGAAGUCCCAGAGAGAUGCCUGGUUUGAAGUCAACAAUCAAAUUCUCAAUGCUCUGUUUACUCUUAUGUGUCUGUACCAACACCCUAAGCGAUUUCACCAUCUUGUACUUCUUUGUAGAUGGAGACCAGAUGACAUUUCCCGACUCAGAAAGAUAUACUGUAAGAAUGGGACGUAUAAGCCCCAUGAGUGGGCACAUAUGAUGGUGGUUGUUGUGCUACUCCAUAUCAACUGUUUUGCUCAGUAUGCCCUUUGUGGUCUGAACUUGGGGUUCAAGAGAUCUGAGCGACCUGCCAUUGGAGUUGGGAUAUGUGUAUCAAUUGCAAUAGCUGCACCCGCAAUGGCUGGUGUUUACACCAUUGUUAGUCCUCUUGGGAAGGAUUAUGAUUCGGAAACGGAUGAGGAAGCACAGAGGCCGACUGACAUUGGUGAAAGUAAGAGGCCAGAGCAGUUGAGACGGCAAUCAUUGGAGAAGAGAUAUUCAUUUGUAUCCGGAGAUGAAGAGAGAAUUGUUGAGAGCAGACCACUCUGGAGUGGUGGGAUACUUGACUUCUGGGAUGAUAUUUCUCUAGCAUAUCUUUCCCUUUGUUGUAGCUUUUGUGUCUUUGGGUGGAACAUGGAGAGACUUGGGUUUGGAAACAUGUAUGUUCAUAUUGCAACUUUUCUCUUGUUUUGUAUGGCUCCUUUCUGGAUAUUCAACUUGGCUGCUGUGAAUAUUGAUAAUGAGACUGUCAGAGGGGCUCUUGGUGUUACUGGAGUUGUUCUUUGUGGGUUUGGUUUGCUAUAUGGUGGCUUCUGGAGGAUUCAAAUGAGAAAGAGAUUCAAUUUGCCAGCUUAUAAUUUCUGUUGUGGUCAACCAGAAGUUAGUGAUUGCACGCUAUGGCUAUUCUGUUGUUGGUGUUCUCUUGCUCAGGAAGCUCGCACUGGGAAUUCUUAUGCUAUUGUAGAAGAUAAGUUCUUAAGAAAGCCAAUGGACAACGGUGACAAGCUGCCAAUAUCACCUGUACCUCGUGAAGAUGGGAUCGUCCUAAUUAGUUCUGGCUCUAGUUCUUCACCCGCGUUCAAUUCUAGCCCAUCCACUAGAUUUACAGCCAAUUCUUCAAGCCUCUCAAUAGUUUCAGAGGAAUAUUAUAGUCCAGACCAGCAGCUUUCUACGGUGAAAGAAGAGUCGUCUGUAAGAGGUAAAGAUGAAACUAUGAUUCCACCCGCUCCAUCAUCGAUACAGAGAGAAGAAACAUAAUCGGCAAAAAUUUUCAUGCAUCAUUGUCAUUAUCUGAUGAAUUGAUGUUCAUGCAUGCAGAUGUUUUUAAGAGCAUAGAAAUGCAUUAUAUAGUUUCACAUUUUCUCAUACUUUCUUAUUUGUUUUCAUGAA